AUCGAGAAGAACCAGCUACCAAGUGGAAGCAACCUUUCGAUCAAAUUUAAUUUAUUCUACUGCGUUUCAUCUUCACGACAUUUAGGAAACUUCUUAAAAUGUAUGCUCUGCAGCGUUUCGUCUUUGUGAUGAUAGUGAUUGGAUGUGAUCACCUUGGUAUGACACGAUCUGAUGACUCAACCGAGAACAAGAGGAACAUGACUAACAAUGUAUGCCAACCUGUCAUCUGCCCAUGUUCAAAUGAAACUCAAGAAACGAUUGAUGACUCCACCGAGAACAAGACGAACAUCACUAACAAUGUUUGCCAACCUGCCAUCUGCCCAUAUACAAAUGAAACUCAAGAAACGAUUGAUGACUCCACCGAGAACAAGAGGAACAUGACUAACAAUGUAUGCCAACCUGUCAUCUGCCCACAUACAAAUGAAACUCAAGCAACGAUUGAUGGUAAGACGCACUGA